AUGGAUCUGGCGCUGAGAAGGUGUCUUCUCCAUUUAGUUGUGGUGGGUGCUCUGCUGGCUGUGGGGGCCACAGAAGGACCCAGAGACCAGGACUGGCUUGGUGUUUCAAGGCAGCUCAGAACUAAAGCCUGGAACAGGCAGUUGUAUCCAGAGUGGACAGAAUCCCGGGGUCCUGACUGCUGGAGAGGUGGCCAAGUGUCCCUUCAGGUCAGUAAUGACGGGCCUACGUUGAUUGGUGCAACUGCCUCCUUCUCUAUUGCCCUGCACUUCCCUAAAAGCCAAAAGGUACUGCCAGAUGGACAGGUUAUCUGGGCCAACACCACCAUCAUCAAUGGGAGCCAGGUGUGGGGAGGACAGCCAGUGUAUCCCCAGGAACCUGAUGAUGCCUGCAUCUUCCCUGAUGGUGGACCUUGCCCAUCUGGCCCUUGGACUCAGAGGAGAAACUUCGUUUAUGUCUGGAAGACCUGGGGCCAAUACUGGCAAGUUCUAGGAGGCCCAGUGUCUGGGCUGAGCAUUGGGACAGGCAGAGCAAUGCUGGGCACACACACCAUGGAAGUGACUGUCUACCACCGCCGGGGGCCCCAGAGCUACGUGCCUCUCGCUCAUUCCAGUUCAGCCUUCACCAUUACUGACCAGGUACCCUUCUCCGUGAGAGUGUCUCAGCUACAAGCCUUGGAUGGAGGGAACAAGCACUUCCUGAGAAAUCAACCUUUGACCUUUGCCCUCCAGCUCCACGACCCCAGUGGCUAUUUGGCUGGGGCUGACCUCUCCUACACCUGGGACUUUGGAGACAGUACUGGGACCCUGAUCUCUCGGGCACUUAUGGUCACUCAUACUUACCUGGAGUCCGGCCCGGUCACUGCCCAGGUGGUGCUGCAGGCUGCCAUUCCUCUCACCUCCUGUGCCUCCUCCCCAGUUCCAGGCACCACAGAUGGGCACAUGCCAACUGCAGAGGCCCCUGGCACCACAGCUGGUCAAGUGCCUACUGCAGAAGUUGUAAGCACUACACCUGGUCAGGUGCCAACUACAGAGCCCUCUGGAACCACAGCUGUGCAGAUGCCGACCACAGAGGUCAUAAGUACUGCACCUGUGCAGGUGCCAACUGCAAAGGGCACAGGUACUACAUCUGAGCAGGUGCCAACCUCAGAGGUCAUAAGUACCACAGUUGUAGAGAUGUCAACUGCAGAGGCUACAGGUAUGACACCUGCAGAGGUGUCAACUGCAGAGCCCUCUGGAACCACAGUUGCACAGGUAACAACUACAGAGUUGGUGGAGACCACAGUUGGAGAGUUACCCACCCCUGAACCUGAGGGUCCAGAUGCCAGUCCAUUCAUGCCUACAGAAAGUAUUACAGGCUCUCUGAACCUGAUGGAUGGUACGGCCACCUUAAUGCUGGUGAAGAGACAAGUUCCCCUGGAUUGUAUUCUGUAUCGAUAUGGUUCCUUUUCCCUCACCCUGGACAUUGUCCAGGGUAUUGAGAAUGCUGAGAUCCUGCAGGCUGUGCCGUCCAGUGAGGGGGAUGCAUUUGAGCUGACUGUGUCCUGCCAAGGCGGGUUGCCAAAGGAAGCAUGUGUGGACAUCUCAUCACCAGGGUGCCAACCUCCUGCCCAGCGGCUGUGUCAGCCUGUACCACCCAGCCCAGCUUGCCAGCUGGUUCUGCACCAGGUAUUGAAGGGUGGCAUGGGAACCUACUGCCUCAAUGUGUCAUUGGCUGAUGCCAACAGCCUGGCCUUGGUCAGCACCCAGCUCAUCAUGCCUGUGCCUGGGAUUCUGCUCACAGGUCAAGAAGCAGGUCUUGGGCAGGCUCCCCUGUUUGUGGGCAUUGUGCUGGUGUUGAUGGCUGUGGUGCUUGCAUCUCUGAUAUACAGGCACAGACUUAUGAAGCAGGGCUCGGCUCUCCCCACUCCUCAGCUGCCACAUGGUAGCACCCACUGGCUGCGUCUGCCCUGGAUCUUUCGCACUUGCCCCAGUGGUGAGAACAGCCCACUCCUCAGUGGGCAGCAGGUCUGA